AUUGCUACUAUGUUUUAAACGCAGUAAUUUCGUUAUCCAAACAAUAUAUAUAUAAAACUUUUUCUUUGACGUGUAAACAUAUUUAACAAUGGAAGGCUCCGUAUCUAAUGUGGAGGUCUGUAAUUUUGCGUACAACGGACAGUUUGAAAAAUUAAAGGAAUGUAUUCUGUCAGACAAAACGCUUGCCUGCAAAGCGGAUCAGGACCGCAGGACCGCGCUGCACUGGGCUUGUUCUGCCGGCCACACCAACAUUGUGGAGUUCCUACUCGAGCUGGGGGUUGAAGUGAAUCUCGAAGAUGAUGCCUCGUGGACGCCUUUGCACAUUGCAGCAUCUGCAGGCAGAGAAGACAUAGUGAGAUCUCUGAUAUCCAAAGGAGCUCAGCUGAAUUGCGUUAAUCAAAACGGAUGCACCCCUCUGCACUAUGCCGCCUCCAAAGACAGACACGAGAUUGCCUUAUUGUUGCUGGAAAAUGGAGCAGACCCCAACGCCACCGACAAGUUGGAGUCCACUCCACUUCACAGAGCAUCUGCCAAGGGCAACUACCGCCUUAUCCAGUUGCUUCUCAAGCAGAGUGCCUCGACUAACAUCCAGGACUCCCAGGGCAACACUGCACUUCAUCUUGCAUGCGAUGAAGAGCGCGUGGAAGCAGCCAAGUUGCUGGUGGAACAUGGGGCCAGCAUUUAUAUUGAGAACAAGGAGGAGAAGACGCCCCUCCAGAUGGCAAAGGGUUCUCUGGGAAACCUACUUCGUCGGAUUGUAGAGGGAUGAUGGUCCAACUUGGUCUGGUUGCAGCUCAAAUCAGCCAUCACCAAGUUACAUUGGAAGAAGUCUCAUUCCACCUAGUUGUUUUUGAGUGGUCUGUUUCAAUACUUCAGGAUGUUCGACAGGCCGUAGAUAAGAUAGUGUUGAGGAGAUUAUACUGGUUCCUUAUCUGCAUUUCAUGUUAAUGAAAUGCACAUAAGGAACCAAUGCAGAAGCGCAGUCUUCUCAACAAGAAAAACCUUUUUCUGUUUUGAUGUCUAUGUACAAAGUGAAUAAAUGAAAAUAAGUGUGUGAAUAAGUGUUCAGAAUGUCAAAUCACACUUCCACAUAGAUAUUGGCAGGUAGGAUGAUUUGACAGAGGAAAAUACCCCGUCAGAUCACGCUUCCACAUAGACAUCAACAUUUAUCUAUGUGGAAGCGUGAUCUGACAGGGUAUUUUCAUCUCAAAUAAAUAAACAAGACUUGCUUUUCUUUAAUCUGAGUACAGUGUUUGAAUUAAGAUUUCCUAUGUUAACAGAAAUGCAUACAUUUAAAUACUAGCAAGAUAGUUUUAGAACCAACACAAACAAGUCAGGCAGUAAUUUGGUUAUUCAUUUAUUUAUGACCACAAAAUGUAAACAAUUUCAGCAAGUUGAACAAAAACGUUGCAGUAAAUAGUGAUAAUAUAACUGAAAUAUUUAGCUCAGGUUACCAUCAAUGUAUACGCUCUCUUACAAAAAUGAAAUGACAUGCUCAAAAUGGAAAGUAAUAUUAGUUGGUCAUAACACAGCUGGAAUAUUUAACUCAGGAUACCAUCAGUUUACACGCUCUUACAAAAAUGAAGUUACUCGGCGAUUGAACCUGGCAUACUGGAUGCGCUGGUAUGGGUAGAUUGAAAGAAAGACACUACAUUAACAAGGAAAUACAUAUUGUACUGUGCGCAUAUUUAAAUUGUGUUCUUUGUUGAAUUUUAUGCUCCUUUAUAUAGGCUACCACUUUGUUUUCAAACAUUCGUAGGAUGAUCAUUCCCAAACUUAUAAUACCGGUACGUAACAUUUUGAUCUGACGUGUUUCUGGUUUCUGCUAAGUGCUGUCCCAUUCUUAUUUCUACCAUUUGGAGCCCUCACCCUCUCACACUUGAUCACUUCCUGCUGACGUCACUAAAGUCUGUGAGGGUUCAGGGCUUGAGGGUUCAGGGCGGAGAUUGGAAUUCAGGGUAUGUGUGUGAGUCUCUGAGGGGGCACAUUGAAAUUCAGGGGUAGACGUUAAUUUUAUACAUCCAUGGGGUAGACGCCCCAUCCAGCGCUGAGCCGUACGUAAACGACGCCGCCAUAUUGGAUGUGGCAAACUGCGCUGUAAACUAAUACAAGUAAAUGGACUUAUUUCCAUAAAGCGCCUUUCUACAAAGAAA